AUUAAUUAUGAUAAAAAUCAUGCAUUUAUAAAAAUGGAUACACGUGCAGGAGCAGCUCGUGCACUUAGUAACAUUAGAACAAAAAUGAAGAAACUGACAAAAAAAUGGUUGGUUACUAGUAAACAAGGAGGCACGGGUGGAAGACCCGUUGUUGGUGGAGUAGUAGUAGAAGAGCCGGAUAUUGUUGUUGGCGAGGGACUAUCAUGUGGAUCUAUCAAUAAAAAAUAG